AUGGGGCCGCGGCGGCUGCUGCUGGUCGCCGCCGGCCUCAGUCUGUGCGGCCCCCUGCUGUCGGCCCGCAUCCGAGGCCGCAAGCCAGAGUCACAAGCAACAAAUGCUACUGUGAAUCCCCGGUCAUUUUUUCUCAGGAAUUCCAAUGAUAGAUUUGAAAUCUUCCCAUUGGGAGAGGAUGAAGAGAAAAAUGAAAGUGCAUUAACGGAAGACAGAUUCGUCUCCCUCAAUAAAAGCAGUCCUCUUCAAAAACCACCCCCUGUGUUCAUCUCGAAAGAUGCCUCAGGAUACCUGACCAGCCCCUGGCUGACUCUCUUUAUCCCUUCUGUUUACACCUGCGUGUUCAUCAUCAGCCUUCCCCUGAACAUCAUGGCUAUCGCUGUGUUCAUCCUGAAGAUGAAGAUCAAGAAGCCAGCUGUGGUGUAUAUGUUACACCUGGCCACAGCAGAUGUGCUGUUUGUGUCCGUGCUGCCCUUUAAGAUCAGCUAUUACUUUUCGGGCAGCGACUGGAAAUUCGGGUCUGAAAUGUGUCGCUUUGCCACUGCAGCGUUUUACUGUAACAUGUACGCCUCCAUCAUGCUCAUGACGGUCAUAAGCAUUGACCGGUUCCUGGCUGUGGUGUAUCCCAUCCAGUCCCUCUCCUGGCGCACUCUGGGAAGGGCUUCCUUCACUUGUCUGGCCAUCUGGGCUAUGGCCAUCGCAGGGGUGGUGCCUCUCCUCCUCAAGGAGCAGACCACCCAGGUCCCGGGACUCAACAUCACCACCUGUCACGAUGUGCUCAAUGAAACCCUGCUCGAAGGCUUUUACGCCUAUUACUUCUCAGCCUUCUCGGCUGUCUUCUUUUUUGUGCCGUUGAUCAUUUCUACAGUCUGCUAUGUGUCGAUCAUCCGAUGUCUUAGCUCUUCAGCUGUGGCCAACCGGAGCAAGAAGUCUCGGGCUUUGUUCUUGUCUGCUGCUGUCUUCUGCAUCUUCAUUCUCUGCUUUGGACCCACAAAUGUCCUCCUGAUUAUGCAUUACUUAUUCCUCUCUCAUAACCCCGCCACAGAGGCUGCCUAUUUUGCUUAUCUCCUCUGUGUCUGUGUCAGCAGCGUGAGCUGUUGCAUUGAUCCCUUGAUCUACUACUAUGCUUCCUCUGAGUGCCAGAGGCACCUCUAUGGUAUCUUAUGCUGUAAAGAAAGUUCUGACCCCAACAGUUACAACAGCAGUGGUCAAUUGAUGGCAAGUAAAAUGGAUACGUGCUCUAGUCACCUGAAUAAUAGCAUAUACAAAAAGCUGUUAACUUAGGAAAAGGAACUGCUGGAAAUCGGUGUGAAAUGUGUUGCUUUGCCACUACAACAUUUUACAGUAAUAGAUGUAUGCCUCCAUCAUGCUCAUGACAAUUAUAAACAUUGACUUAAAAAGAGAAGGUUAAAAAGUAGAUAACCUGGGGAUUCUGUUAGUCCCUUGAAAAACUACUUCACCGUCUAAAACAACCAAUGUAUGAUUUGCAUGUCUGCUUCCUAAGAGAGCCAUCAAGCAUAUAUGUUGUUUAAUUGUCAGAAAAGGUAACAGGAAGAGAAAACAGUGUUACUUCAAGGGAGUAUUGCCUGCCAGUGCUACAAUUACUGAAUGUCACUUUUUGAUAUAUCUAGGUGACUUAUAUGUGUACAUAUAUGCACAAAUACAUAUUAUUUGCAGUGCAGUAUGAAAUAGGCACUUGGAAACUCACAUUUUCUUCCCAGCAAUUAUGGAAAUAAUCUCUGACUUAAUAUGCAAAACAUCUAGGUUGGUAUACUUUAGCCCUGGACAUCUAAAGAUAUCCAUCAAUGGUAAGGAAUUCCAUAGUUUGGACUUCACAACUUUUGCAAAUAAGUGCAUUUUGAAAUUGUUGGGAAACAAUAUGUGAGUCAUGGAAGGAUAAAGUUUGGUAUUAUCUCUGUGUAGAAAAGUUUACUAUUUUUCAUUUCAUAUGUAUCAAAGUUUGAAUUCUUGUCGAAAAUUAUCAAAAAAGAUGAAAAGCCCAUUUUGAUAUGGGUAGCAUUUUUGAUGUUUUAUACACAGGCUAUGUGAACCAAAAUGAGCAUAAAUCCCACUAGUGAGUAAACUGCCUUUUAUGCAGUCCACCCUGAGAGCUGCACAUGUCCACCCCAUGGAGGACACCAAGCAGCAGAAAAUGGCAGAGCUGCACAUUGGCCAGAAACCUCCAGAUAAGCCUCCCAGAGAGCAGAAACUGGAGACCACCACACUCCAUUUUCCUGGGGCACUCCCAAGGGUUAGCUGUGAACUGAUCGCAUCUAUAGGAAAUCCGCAAAGCAGGAUGGACAUCCUGGGAGGUAGUAACUAUGAAAGGUUUUUCUGCCCCUCUUAGGAACAGAGAAGGAAGGCAUGCUCAUGUCAAGUAGAUGUCCUGCAAGGUUGGCUCUCAUACAGAAGCACCUAGGCACUCUGAUAGGUACCAGGCCUACAGAAUAUAUAAGACUAAGAUCUUGCUCAGAAAAGCAAUGCAGAAGGCACAUAGCUAGAUUGUGAUAUGCAUGUAAUAAAUAUGUCCUAUAUAAAGAAGUGUUGUUAAUCAGAUGUCAACAAGCAUUUCACACAAGCAAACCUAUCAUCUAAAGAUCUUUGAACAUUUGGGUUUCUACUUCCUGUGAUUACAAUUUAAGAUGAAAACACAGGAAGUGUAUGUUUCUUAAAUAAGUCACUCUACAUUAAUUUGAUACUAUUUAUUUAUAAAUAUUUUGUUUAGUAAGAUCUUAAGUCAACUUUCUCUCUCUCUCUC